AAAAACCGACGUAAUAUGUCGUGAUUUCAGUAUUUCCUCCUUUUUCUGGCAAAUUUCCUUCUCGGAAGAAGUCGAACACCGGGCAAACACCGCGUAAUUUUAUUGGUGAAAAGUAAAUUUGGAAGUGGUUGAUUGGUCGACGAGGCUGCAAGCAAGAAAAUAUUCGCGGAUUUUGUUUACAAUAAGGUCUUGUAAACAGGGAAGCGAAAUCAGCGAAGUCAUUUCUCCACGACAGUCAACCGAUUAAACUCUCAAAGUUUAUUUUUCUUGAGUUUUCAAAAUGCGCUUGUUGUUCGCAGCUUGUUUUGGCGUACAUGGCGUAGCCUUGCUCAUUCUCGUUGCUAUACAUGGCGCCGAAUCUGGCACCUGUGACAAGACUAACGUCUGUCCAGCCAUUAAGGCCUUAGAAAAGAAAUUGGAAAAGCUUAUCGCGCUUGUUACCCCGCCAGUUCCUCCCGCUUCUUCUUGCAAGGAACUGCAUGACAAACACAACUUGCGAGUUAAUAAAGCUUACGUGUUGCAGACUGGCGGUGGAAAGAUCCCUGUGUAUUGUCACAUGACCAGCCAGUUCAUUGGCGCAUGCGGAGGGGGAGGGUGGACACUGGUCAUGAAAAUUGAUGGCCAUAAGUUAACCUUUCACUACAAUUCCCCACUAUGGACCAACAAGAAUGAGUUUAACCGUCCGGGUGGCAAGACUGGGUUUGAUUUUCAAGAGACCAAGCUACCGACCUACUGGAACGCACCCUUCUCCAAGAUUUGUCUUGGUAUGAAGAUCGGCCAUCAGAUCAAGUUCAUGGUCGUUAACAGGCACGCCAACUCUCUGUACUCACUGAUCGCUGAUGGAAGAUACCGCCGGACCUCACUGGGUCGUAACACGUGGAAGACGUUGAUUGGUUCACAGGCUUCCUUGCAGACCAACUGUAACAAGGAAGGGUUCAAUGCUGCAGGUAGUGCUCAGGGCUCGUCCAAAGCAAGAAUCGGUUUCCUUGGUAACAACGGAAACGAUUGCUUCACUCCUGACUCGAGAAUCGGGUUUGGUACAGGAGGAUAUCAUGAUGACUCCAACACGUGUGGAAACGAGGCUAAAGAUCACUCGAGUUCAGAUAAUGGAGGCAAACACAUCAAAGCCAUGGGUUAUAUUUUGGUGCAGUGAUAAGAACGGCCCAGUCACUUGACCUUUCAAGACCAUUCAAAGAAAUUGAAUGUUGUGAAACAAAUGAGAUUAAACAAGGUGGUGGGAAUAAAAAGAAAUGUUGUUUUUGACUUA